UGAAAACACACACACACACACACACACGUGCAGACCUAUUAACACACACACAUAUUUCCAUGCGGCUUCCGCCAGUUUCACUGGGAAUUUAAGACAACUUGUCCUCACUGUGUAGCUCCUGCUCAAACAGGGUUAUAUCUCAGCAGCUGUCUCCAUGGCUCCCCUGUGCUGUGCUGUGUUGGUCCUGCUGUACAUUUUUGACUCUGCCUCAGCCACUACUGUAGCUAACACAGAUUAUGGAGGUGUUCCUCUGUGGAUUAAUCGCCUGUUGGGUGAGCCCAGUGUGACGAGCCUGCAGGGACGGAUGGACUCAGCCUGGUUCCGAGCCAACAACCCUGAAUCCUGCCCUGAACAGUGUGACUGCCCUAUCCAUUGGCCCACAGCACUCUACUGUGACCAUAGAGGCUUGGCAGACAUCCCUGACCGCCUGCCAGACAGAACUCAAUACCUGUUUUUACAGGGCAACAACAUCUCGUCUCUGUCCUCCUCCUUUCUGGCCAACAUCACUGAUCUACGCUGGCUCAUCCUGGACCACAACCAGCUGCAGAGCGACAAGCUGGACCAGGCCGCCCUGCAGAACCAGAGCCAGCUGUCCUACUUUUUUGCAAACCACAACCACCUGAAAUCAGUGCCCAGUGCUCUCCCAGCUGGACUCAAGCAGCUGCGACUGGCCCACAACCAAAUCAGGAGCAUCAGCCCCGGAGCUUUCCAGAACCUCCACAACCUGACGCUGCUGCUGCUGCAGGGAAACAGACUGCAAACCAUCACAGAGGGAGACCUCAAAGGUCUGGUCAGUCUGAACCUGCUGGACCUCAGUGGGAAUUCGUUGUCAUCCGUCCCCAAGCAUUUACCCCCUUCUGUCCAGCAGCUCUAUCUGUCCAACAACACUCUCUCUGAGCUGGAUGAAGACAGUUUCGUUGGAUUUCUCAGCCUCAAGUACCUUCGUUUGAGUCACUGUGGUCUGCAGAGCAGCAGCGUCCACCUGCAGGUCUUCAACUUCUCCAGCCUGGUGGAACUGGACCUUUCUUAUAACAAACUAACAACCAUUCCCACAGUCCCCACCACCCUGCAGUACCUCUACCUUGAGGCCAAUCAAAUACAAGAGUUCAAUGUGACCAGUUUCUGCAGAGAGGUGGGACCUCUGUCUUACUCCAGGAUGAAGAUCCUACGACUGGAUGGAAACAAAAUGUCCUACCACCAGCUGCCGUAUGACUGGGUCUUCUGCCUGCGAGUGCUUGAGAGUAUUUACAUCUGAUCCAUCUUCUGAACAUGCAACAAGGGUUACUGUAUGUGACUGGCCGACCUCAUCUAUAAAAAAAGACGUGACUCAACUUCAGAUUUUUAUUUGGCUAUAGCCAACUCAUCACUUGUGAAGUCGAACAGUUUGGCCAUACAGCCAUAAACCAGAGAAGAAUCUGAUUUAUUAUGCUUUCAAUAUGUAGAUACACACCCAAACACUGAAGGGAAAACUGACCUUCAAAAGAUGCCAGAGUUUGAACUUGUACACUAAACCAGUGUUAUUUUAUCAGGAUGCCAAAAGUCAUGAUCAAAACAUUUCUCAUACCACCAGCGCAUUCCCAUGGGUUUCUUUCUCUCUCUCAUUCCAUCUUUUCCAAGUUCUGCCUCAGCAGGGUCGUACAUCUGUGUGUUAUUACUGAAUAGGAACUUUGACAAACCCUCUCAUUUCUGACUGUACAGGGAAAUGCGCUCUGGUUAAACUGAGCUGUCUUAGGAGGGAAAGGGAAACAUGUAUGAAUGGCAAAAUUCAGUAGCCUUCCCAUGAGACUAUCUGACUCACUUAGCUGGGCAGUGUUAAACAGCCACACCAGUCCACACAUGGAGCAGUCCAAAUCUGCUAAUUGUCUAAAACUCUGCUUUACAGAAAUAUUGUUACAUUAAACCUUAAUUUGAAAGCUGAUGUCCAUGAUGCUGAAACAUGAAGUUUGGUUUGUCCAACAA